UCUCUCUCUCUCUCUCUCUCUCUCUCUCUCUCUCUCUCUCUUUCUCUCUCUCUCUCUCUCUCUCUCUCUCUCUCUCUCUCUCUCUCUCUCUCUCUGUGGAGGCAAACCAGCUUCUGUUCUUUGACAGGGGGCUCGUUUUUGCCGCUGGCAUCAGCUAAGAUGACUGCCAUGACAAUUCAAUGAGAAGAAAGGACGGUAACUGAAGUGCCCACCACUUGCUGAGAACAAACGAAGGAAUACCCGAGAUCUAAAACAAAGGAGAAAUAAGAAAGAGAAAAAGGGAGAAAAGAGAAGUGUGAAGGGCUCAGAAGAGAGGAAAUAGCAGAAGAAGAAGAAGGAGAAGAGGUGAGAAAGUGAAGGAUAAACGGUGGAUGGAGGCGGCUUGGACCGGGGCUACGGAGCGCUCUUCACUGACGAAGAAGAACAGCAGCAGCAGGGGGGAGAGGAGAUGGAGACGAAAGGGAGGAAUAUGCCCCCAGACAUCAGUUUUCUUCCCCGUCCUGCCAUGGUUUGGUGGGAGCGAGGCAUCCAGGUGCUGCUGACCACCAUGGGAGCCUUUGCAGCUUUUGCCCUCAUGACGGUGGCCAUCGGUACGGAUUACUGGCUCUACGCCCGCGCCUUUAUCUGCAACAGCACAGCUAACUCAUCCCAGGAGGACUCCAACAAUAAGGACAAGAAAGACCCUGGGGCUCUCACCCACUCUGGCCUCUGGAGGAUUUGCUGCCUGGAAGGCCUGAAGAGAGGCGUGUGCUCCCAGAUCAAUCAUUUCCCAGACGAUGCCGACUACGACCAAGAUGCUGCAGAGUAUCUGCUACGUGUGGUGAGAGCUUCCAGCAUCUUCCCCAUUCUCAGUGCCAUAUUGCUUCUACUGGGAGGAGUGUGUGUUGCUUCCAGCGGCUUCUACAAGAGCAAAAGGAACAUCAUUCUUGGUGGAGGAAUUCUCUUUGUAGCUGCAGGCCUCAGCAACAUCAUUGGAGUGAUUGUGUACAUUUCAGCGGCACUCAGUGACAUCUCCCCAAAGAAAGACGAGGAUAAAAAGUGGCACUACUCCUAUGGGUGGUCAUUUUAUUUUGGUGGUCUGUCCUUCAUUCUGGCUGAGAUGGUUGGAGUUCUGGCUGUUAACAUCUACAUUGAAAAGAACAAAGAGCUUCGAUGCCGCUCGCGCACUGACCUCUUCAAGAGCACCACUCAUGCCAUGCUGCGUCUGCCGAGCUACCGUUUCAGACGGCGCUCCCGCUCCAGUUCGCGCUCUACCGAUCCGCCUCGCUCGCAGGAGACCUCCCCCGUUGGAGCUUCUAAGACCUUCACUCUUCCUCCUUCUGCACCACCGUUCUCCGUCGCCACUUUGCCCAACCCGCAUCACAGCAGCAGUGGUGGGAGUGGAGGGGGCGGUGAUAUCUCCAUGUACACCCUCUCUAGGGACUCCAAGCUGGGGAGCCUUGGAGGAGGGGCUCCACCACUCUAUGGCACAGUGGACCGUGCCACGCUUUACCAGCUCCACAACUACUUCCCAAAAGAUUCCAGCGGCAGUGGAGCAGGAGGAGGCGCAGUAAUAAGCAGUGGCACCCUCCCGUCUCACUCGAAGUCCAACUUGGCAGCGGCAGCAGCUGUGGCCCAGAAUACCGCGCCACUGAAUACCCCCACAUCCGCUGCUGCACCAGCCCCGUCAGCCCCAAUAUCUACAGCUACCAUGGAAAGGGACAGGGGCAAUGUUGGAACCCUGGACCGACUGACAGCCAAACGGGACAGGGAUAGCAAUUCCGAUACACUCAACAGGAAGACUACGCCAGUUUAAAGCAAAACCUUACAGAGAAGGGCUUGAAGGUAGGCAGAAAGUAUUUAGGGCUUUAAAGGUGUGGAUGACACUUCAACAUCAAUGUUUCUGUCCUCGAGCCUGAAGUAUUUAACAGCCAUAGUUACAAUAAGUCUCAUAAGCUGUCAUAAAAGGUCUGAUGUUGUUUGCAUAAUCAUUUUCACUGCAUUAAAUCUUAAAAGCACAGAUGGUCCAGGAUAUAGGAUACUGAAAAUGCAACACAAGUCUUUGUAACUUAUCCAUCAUGUUCAAAAUUCACAAUAAAAGCUAAUUCAGUGUCUAAGAUAAUCUGGGCCACACUCGCGUGACAAAUUUCUGAAAGGGAGCUAAAUGUCACACCAAAGUACCAGGUAACAAGCUGCUCAGUGACCAAUUCCAGAUCAAAAAUAGCUGCUUAACCUCUGGUCCACAGAGUGUCCCCUCAGCCAUAUCUAACCUAAUGGCACACAUGGGAGCAGGCUGCCUCUCUUCAAAGUCAAUUUAUUAUUCAGAGUGUGUUUAAGUUAACUGCAGUGAGAAAUGGGCAUUCAGUCCUCAAAAGAGUAGAGCUAAGCUGAGAACACAUCACACUGAAUUUUGAUGCAGUCAUUUUUAUCAGAGGUUAAACUCCUGACAUUUGUCAGUAAAUAUCAGAUACAAUUGUACAGAUUGACAGAAUUUCAUAUUUCAUAAUGUUGAGCAAUUUAGAGCUUUAUUUUUUUACACCAAAUUGGUGAAAAAAAGAUGAAUGGCCUGAAGGUAGAAUGGUCCUUCCAGGUUGAGUGUGUUUUCACCUCUUGUGGAAUAGUUCACGUAAUUUAUAGAUAAGAAUUUUAGACCGUUUACAAAAGAUCCUGGAUACAAUUAGUUGAAAUCUACUUCCAUGAUAUUAGUCCGGCUCUGGUAUGGAUGUAAAAGGUUGGAGAGCAGCAGAUCCUCUACAUUGAAAACAGUCACUUGAGGUGGUUUGGGCAUUUGAGAAGGUUUCUUUCACCUCCUAUUGAUGAUUUUCCAGACGUGGAUCUUAAUUGUUUACAGGGCCGACCCAGAACUUGCUGGAGGGAUUGUAUAAACCUCUGGCCUGGGAAUGCUUUGACAUUCCUUAAGGAAGAGAUAAAUGGUUUUGUUGAGGGAUGAACUGGUGGUUUUCCCACCUAAAACUGGCUACUACACCCAACUUCAGAUGACCAAAUAUGGAUAGAUGGAUGCCCAAACUGUACAAUCAGUAUCAGAAAAUCCUUGAAACCUACCCAGUAAUUUAUUUAUUUAUUGGCAGUCCAAAUAUUCACCAUUAUCACUGUACAGUUAAGAUUUGAAAAUGGUUUUCCAAACUCAGGGAGAGAUCAUACUUAAUAUUGCUAAAAACUUUGCAAAUAAGUUUCAGUGCACAGAUGGAUGACUCCAAAUGUACCUCCCUGCUCUAAAACUAUGGUUAUGUCAGCUUUUUGGAAGGAUGUCAAAGUCAAUAACAGACUCUUGUAAAACAAACCUCUUUUGUGUGACGUUUAAUUGCUCCAAAAUGAUUUGGUUUAUUUUUUAUGACUGUGAUGAGAUACAGAAGGCUCUAAGACAGAAUCAGUUGAGUGUUGCUGCUAAAGGCUGGAAAAGAAAGCAACAGGGUGGGGCUUAAAUUAGUUCACACUCAUGGGGUGUAUAUUUAGUUAGAUGUAAAAGUUAUUAUGACCUACAGCUCCAGUAUUACAUUUUGACAAUUAAAACUUGUAAAAAUGACACGAAGCAAUUAAGGAAAUCCUUAUGAAAAUAUUUGUGAAAAAUAUAUUCUCUGGGUGUUUUAGUUUUUUUUUUUUUCAAAAUGAAAAUCAAAGCCUAGAAAUUCUGAUCUGUAUAAAACGCCACAUGUAUUUAGACUGAAUGAUUGAAAAUUGGAUUCACUUCUAAAAUAAACAUUUUACCUAACAAGGAAAGAAAAGAGCACACUCUUAAUUCCCUUUCCACUGUCUGUCUAUAAACUAUAGCUAUAUAUAAUGUUUUACAAUUUAGAAUAAUAAAUGUACUAUGAAUUAGUUGAUCAACCCAUUAACUUAAACUAAAGCACAUAAUGUCUGUAAAUGAUAAACUCUGACUUCUUUAUUUAUUAUGUGUGAGUAAUUAUCAUCUUUAGGUUACAAGAAGUCUUUGAGUGUUGAUAUUACGUUGCUGGUGUUUCUAUGAUCGUAAUAAUUAUUGCAGGGUAUUUACACAUUUUAAAAUUAAUUUUAUUUUGUAUCUUUUUACAUUCUUUUACUUUAUUUUCCCUUUCCUAUGUACACUAAAGUCAGUGGUGUCAUGUGGAAAGCAUGUGCACAAUACGUGAGAGGUCAAUGAUGUACAAUUCCUUAUUUUCUGUAUUCUUGUCAUUAUUGUGUUUGAAUUGAUUUUUGCAGGGAGAGUUGACUGAGUGUGCAUGCUCUGUUUCAGCAACGCCCUGCUUUGUUGUCACACACUGGAACUGAGGGUUGCUCAGUAUAAACCCCAGUGUCCAGCUGGUUUAUGGGCAGCCGCCUUCAAGCAACACUGGACAAUGUGCCUUGCUAAAGGGCAAGUUCAUUUUUGUUUUAAAAAGUGAUUUUUGUUUGGUUAUUACCCAUGUAAAUCAUCUCCUUUAUGCCAUAAACUAAAAAGGGGUAAAUUUAAGUUCCUCUUUUGUCCAAAGGUCAUACAACUGUGAAUACUGGUUUUACAAAAAUAUUACUCUGUAUUCUACUGAUAUAUAAUUGUUCUCCAGUUUUUUAUUUGGAUUUUUUUUUUCAAUUUCAUUUUUAUUCACUUGUAUUUAUGUUAUGGAUUUAUUUUAAACUGUGUGUAUUUCUGUUUGCAUACAUGUGUGUGUGUGUGUGUGUGUGUGUGUGUGUGUGUGUGUGUGUGUGUGUGUGUGUGUGUGUGUGUGUGUGUGUGUGUGUGUGUGUGUGAGGGAGAGAGAGAGAGAGAGAGAGAGAGAGAGAGAGAGAGAGAGAGAACUUGUCUUUAUUACUUACUGAGGACAAUUGCCUUGUGCUUCACCAAUAAAGUGUGGAAAUUCGUUGCAAAGUGAGGACAUUUUUCCUGGUCCUCACUUUGUUCCACUUUUAUUUAGCUUUAUUUAUUGGGGUUGAAGGAAUGGUGUGAAUUAAGUUCUGGUCAAGGUUAGGGUUAGACAAUGCCAAAAUGCUAAAAUGAAUGGAAUCAAUUAAGAUCCUCUCAACUAGUAAGGCAAGCAUGUGUGUGUGUGUGUGUGUGUGUGUGUGUGUGUGUGUGUGUGUGUGUGUGUGUGUGUGUGUUCUUGUCGUUACUACUUACUGAGGACCAUUGCCUCAUGUUUUACCAAUAAAGUGAGGACAUUUUUCCUGGUCCUCACUUUGUUACAGUUUUAACUAGCUUUAUUUAACAGGUUUGAAUGAAUGGUGUGAAUUAAAUUCUGGCCAAGGUUAGGGUUAGAAAGGGACCAGUAAUGGUUAGGGUUAGACAUAAUGCCAUCAUUAAAAAUAAUGGAGGUCAAUGAAGGUCCUCUCAACUAAUAAGACAAGUGUGUGUGUGUGUGUGUGUGUGUGUGUGUGUGUGUGUGUGUGUGUGUGUGUGUGUGUGGCUAUGUUGGUCCCUCUCUAAAAUUUUAUAUUCCUCUCAUCUCUCUCCCAAAGUCAUGCUGUCUUCAUUUAUUUUCAGGAAAUGCAUAGAUGUUAUACUUUCUACACAUAACCAACGUAGCCUAAUAUUCUGUGUUUUUUAAUGUUCAAACUAGUGUGUACCUGUAGGUAAUAGAAUUUAUAUUAUUAUAUUUAUUUUGGUGGUGAUGUGUGUAGAUAUUCUUAAUGUCAUGUUGUUUCCAAGUUCGUACACCAGUGACCUGGGGCUAAAAAGGCUACAUGUCUGCCUGUGAAAUAUAAACAGUAGCCUUAGUGCUGGUAAAGGGCACUAUGUGUGGUCUGUACUGGUGAUCUCAGAAGUUUUUACAUACAAACAUUCACUUCUCAAAGUUUGUCUGUUGUUACAGGAUCAAUAACAGAAAAAUGUUUCCUAAAUGUUUGUAAAAUCUUGUUAAAGCCAUUCUAAAACUAGCUUAAAAACUGUUUCUUUCCCAACACUUGGGCUACUGACACAAAAGACUGAAACUCUUCAAAUAGAAAGUUGGUAUAUUUCCUUAAAGUUGAGUGAUUCAAGAAUAGGAAAAUGAUGACAUAAGGAAAAGCAAUACAAUACCAAUUAUCUAUGAAAAAGGCCAGAUGUAGAGAGGAUAUAUAUGUAUAGAGAGUAUAUACAUAUAGAUAUGAUAUAUUCAAUAAAGUUCUCAAUGAAAA